AUGUGCGACAGCAACACCGCCAAUGUCGCCUCCCUCCUUUGGCACGCCUUCCACUCCCUCCCCGCGCCCUCGUCCGCCGUCAACUGGGCCGGUUUCUACGUCCUCGAUCCCUCGGCCACAGAACAAUUGAUCCUCGGCCCCUUCCAGGGCAUGGUCGCCUGCCAGACCAUCCGCUUCGGUAAAGGCGUUUGCGGCGCCGCCGCCGCAUCACAGCAGACACAGCUCGUGCCUGACGUUGAGAAGUUUCCCGGCCACAUCGCCUGCGACGGCGCAAGCAAGAGCGAGAUUGUGGUACCCAUAGUCCAGAAUGGAAAGACUGUCGCCAUCAUUGACAUUGACUGUGCCGAGUUGGAAGGCUUCGACGAGGAAGAUCAGAAGUACCUGGAGGAGUUGGCCGCGCUGCUGGCGGGUGCUUGCGACUUCUAA